AGACAUACAGUUGUUUGCAUAUACUUUAAGAUGGCUGCAGCUGUGUCCACGGGCUGCCAGGGAAUUCGCGCGCGGAUUGGCCUCCGGCCGCUGCCCUUCCGCAGCUCGCCUCGCCUUUGCACAGUUCGCGUGCGGGCUGAGGGAGGUGCAUCACCAGUGCCCGUGCCUGUAUGGCCAAAGGAUACGGAGACGACUCGCGAUGUGUUUGCCUUCGCAGGCUCUGCGCCUGAGCGUGUCAACGGGCGCGUUGCUAUGAUUGGGUUCGUGUCCAUUCUUGCCCCAGAGCUGACUAAGAAGCAGCCAGUGCUGGAGCAGAUUGGCGACAGCUGGUUUCCCAUUAUCCUUUUCAGCCUCACGAUUACCUUUGCGUCGAUCCUGCCAAAGAUCGUAUCCGGCACCUCUUUGAAGGAGCUUCAUGCCGCAGCGACCGGAGAGAACAUGAAGGGGCAGGGCCUGCAACAGGCCCUGAUGUUUUUCGACACCAAUACGGAGCUUUGGAGCGGACGCUUGGCUAUGUUGGGUUUUGCCGGGCUGUUGCUAAUUGAGGCGGUCAAGGGCGAGUCUUUCUUCUAAGUUAUGAACGUUACGCAGCUGUCCUUCGGUUGAGUGGACUCUGACCUCAGUUUUGUCUUGAGAGGCCGGCGACCUUGCGGGUGUGAUUUACCUAGGUAGGAGAGUGGAUGCGAUGGCAGGGGAAGUCUUUGCCGUCACCCAUCGCCAGAACGUGUAUUGAUAAUGUGGCAAGUAGCUAGCUGUGCAUGGCGGACGGGUUAUACGAACAAGGCCGUGGCAGUGUGACAAGGCUGUGGCAGUGUAUAUGUGGCCCGGACGAAGGCCUAGCUGUAAACCUUGCGGCGAUUUCUGUAGACAUUCAAGGCGUAUUUGGGUGUUCGACGCAUACAUUCAGGUCAUACAUACAGAUCAGCCAUUACUGGUUUAACGCACACACCGAUGCCCCGGGAGAUCCCGGGAUCGAGACCCGUCAAGGUCGAAAAUCCUUCCAAUGGUGGAAGGUAAAAGUGCCCCUAUUCGACGGACGGUGGUGACCUGGGAUAAAGUUGAUCUGCGAGCUGAUCAGGAAUGGAGUGAACCGCCGUUGAUUCGGCAGAUUCCGUUGGAUGCCGGUGGUUGGUGCUGAACCUGAGCGGUCCACUGACAAGGGUGACUGGAUGAGGGUGCCCCGAAAUACCGGGAAGGCAGGGUCUGCCGGGUAGCGGCCGC